AUGACUAAGAAAUAGUAGAAAGUGUAGACUGAUUAGUAUGUGGAGUAGAUUAAGGCAUUCAAUUCUUUGAAAUCAUAUGAGAAUACCAACAAUAUCUACUUAACUACCCUGAUUAACUUUGAUGAUCUCUAUGAAAAUUUCAAGUAUGAGAGAUAUGAAUCAACCUCAUUCCCAAUUCAUGCUUUUGCUAUAUUUUAAAGAACAAACGUAAAGGGAGUGAUCAAGGGUGAUAUACUGGCUAAAUUUUAAUAGUAAAAUAUUUUCAAGGGCUCUAGACUUUUCGACUAAAAGCAGAACUCAAAAAAUGGAAAAGGCAGUACUGAUCAGUAAAAAUUAGCCCAAUAACAGCAGUAGCAAUAAUAAUAGGAGACAACUGGUAAUUAACCAUAACUUGUCUAUGCCUACAUUCACUCUAAAGAAGUAGAGAUAGAAUUCAAUAAAUAUGUACAACUCGAUCAUUUUCACUACAGAAUCAAUUAGAAUCACAGGAAAUAAUUUAUUGAGGCAUAAAAAGCAUAGAAUAAUGAAAGUUAAAGUAUAAAUGAUGAGCCAGUGUAUUAUCUAAGGACUUAUGAUGGUAGUAGGAUUAUUCACGAUAUCAUACUAGAAAAUGACAUGUCAAGCUGGAUGAAGAUUACAUUCCCACGAAGCAAGGUUAAUAUCAAUAAGAUAGUAAUAUCCUAAGGAGUUGAGAUGGAUAAUAUCUCUCUUAACUAUUACCUCAGAAUCAAAGAAAAGCUUACCUUUUAGAUCCUUUAGGCUAUUCCUGGAUUUAAUCUCCAGCCCGACAUUAAAAAUAGUGUAGCAAGAGCAAGUAUAUCAGAUAUUAAACUAGGCUUUGAAGAAUAUGAACAUGUUGGAUAUACCCUAGAGUUCAUUGGGGAUAUGGUCUAUAUUUACCAGAUCGAAAAAUAUCUGAUUGAAUAUCUCAGUAAUAAAGGAGGUAUUAGCCCUAUAACUAAUAAGAACACACUCGAUUAGCUCACAUCAACAGUAGUGGAAGGGUUGAAGUACUUGGAACAUUUGGGAAUCACUAUAUUGUACAAUAUGAAGAACAAUCCAUAUUAAAACGAAAAUUUUGAAAUUAAUAUGCAUGUUGCUAUUUCAUAGAAGUUACUCAAUUAGGAGGAGGUUGAGGAUGUGGCAAAGACACUGGCAAAGUUCUAAAAAACUUCAAUGAUGUGA